AAUAAUCAUUUGUUGUAGUGUUUUGAUCGUGUGGAGUUGUCAAAAGGCAUCGCUGCCAGCCAGCGUCAGGAGGCAGCUGAGUGUCCUCGCCAUGACCACCUCCCUCGACCCCCACGAUACUUGUUUACACCGCUCACACUCUUUAAUAGGAAAUGGAGUUCAACAAUGUGGAAAUGCUUUGGAUUGUGAGACAACUCCAAGAUACUUUAUUCGGCCAUUUAAGGAGGGUGCAGCCACACUGUCAUCAUUUCAGACUUUUAUCAAAGAAGUAACUUGGCUUUUUCGUCAGCGAGACGCCCAGCAGACACUCUUUCUUGUGGCUAUUAACCUCUUGACCACCCUUCUCCUACUUUCAUGGUGUCAUGCUACAUGUAGUAUGGCACUUUUGGCAUACACAUACCUGUCAUGGUUCAGUCUCUUGAGUUUGAUUACCUGCCUGGUGUGUGUGUGGGCAGAAGGUCAACGUGCAUCUCAUACAUUCACAUAUGGCUAUUUAAGAUGUGAGGCCCUUGCAGUAUUUUCUUCUGUCACUCUCUCUCUACUUGGUGCAGUUAUCAUUGUUAAAGAAAGCAUUGAGAGAUUAUUUGCACCAGAAAUGGUUCAUACAGGAAUGUUAAGUAUUGGUGGUAUGAUUGGUUUGGUGCUGCACCUGGGCAUGACCAGCCUGGCCCACAACCCUCCUCUUACACAGGUGUUGAGAGCGUCCCAGUCAUCACUUCUUCAAGAGCAUGUUGCUGAUAUGUGCCAGAGUCUCUGCAACUAUGUUCCAGCUUUAACAAGAAUCCUUCUACCAAGAGUGGAUCCAGUUGUUUUAAUAUCAAUUGCUGGAUUUCUAGCAAUAUUAACAGAUCAUCUAAUUCUUCAGAUGUACAACUAUCAAGCAGCAGAUAGUGUGGCAGCAUUAAUCAUUGCCAUCCUCACCAUCACCACAAUGUUUCCACUGUGUGUGUGCUCGGCCAGCAUACUGCUCCAGACCACCCCAGUUAGCAUUUUUGCUCAGCUGGAUAAAUGCUUACGUGAAGCACUUACCUUGGAUGGAGUUUUAGAAUUUCGUCAUGAAACUUUUUGGACACUGGGUGUGGAAAGUCCACGCUGUAGAGUAUCACAGCUAUGUAAAGAUCCCAGUGGGUUCAUACUAACUGGCAGCCUUCAUGUAAGAAUUCGUCGUGAUGCUAAUGAGCAAAUGGUGUUAGCUCAUGUAAGAGAAAGAAUAUCCCCUUUGGUUCCAUUGUUGACAGUGCAGGUCUUCAAGGAUGACUGGACACGUAGUUCAACCACUCUGCAGCUUUUGAACGACUCAGCACGAACUUUAGCCACUUCGCCUACACACUCGCCGCACUAUGUCAAUGUUACUUACCCCCAAGUUUAUGCACCUAAUAAAACUCCUGGAGGUAGCUCCUCUUUGCAAGCUCAGGCAAUUUAUCCAUCCCUUCCAUUCACUCCAUAUUCCCCUUCAGUAGCUCAGGGACAAGGAACAUACAGUUCACCUUCCCUCGUGUUGUCUCCCAACAUCCCUGAAACUUCCUUUGUUCAAAAUUUUACUGAAGAAAUCAACAGGAAUCCUUUAGACAUGAGAAGUCCCAUAAAGCAUGAUCAGAACCAUAUAGAGGAGGAAUUUAACACAUCAGUUUCUGGGUUAUAUGGGAAAUUGAAUUCAGAAGGUUGCAGAAACUCUCCUGCCUGGUUAACAGGAAGAUUGGGAAGAAACUCAAUUAGUUUACAGGACUGGAGAUCUGAGAAUAAAGCAUAUUUAGGUAGGGAAGUUCACAGUCAAAAAACAUCUCCAUAUUAUGUGAAUGUAGAUUUCUCUAGCAGAUCAAGUAUGUUGUGUACUGCCAAAGAAAUGUCAGAAAAUAGUAUUAGUAGCAAUAAUGUAAAUCACAGUCCAAGAUAAUAUUUAUUCUUAGGUUAGCAUUUUAUAUUUUGUAUGGUAAUGUAUUUUACAAGUCCCCAUAAUUGAAUGGGUUUCCUUUAUAUUCAUUGUACCAUUGUUGUAUGCAUUUUGUAACGAUGAUACUGGUUCCUGAGUAAUUAAGGUUUUAAUUUGUAAACAAAAGAUGUGAGUAUAUGAUAUAUAAAGGGGUAGAGCUGUACUAGUUCAAAGCAGGUGGAGUGAUUGCUGCUGUGUGCGCAUGUAUCGAAAUCAUGGUAAUGACCAUCGACCCCUCUGUAUAAUACUGCAAGUGCAACUUGCUUCACUCUAGGCCAAACAAAGAAAAGAUACACUGUACAUUUUGUAUUUUUCUUGUUCUUCAAGUACUGUAUUUUUAUUACUAGAAGUUACAAUACAAAAUAAAUAUAUAUAUAUAUUGACAGCAAUUUUUAAAAGCAAAGAUGACAUUUAUUCUCUAUCCCCACUAUUGAAACUAUUUAAAUAUUUUAUAAAAGGUACAAUAUACACAUUGUUUGAAUUGGUCUCACUGCAAGUGAUUUAAAAUGUUCAUGUAAUUAUGUUUUGUACAAGAAUGAUAUUUUUGUGUGUUCAAUAUUUCUCAUUAGCAAUUAAACAUUUUAUUGACAUUUUAGUUGCACAUUACCCAAUGUUGCUCAGAUUUUAUGACAAUAUAAUUUAGGUUUUUAGUGAUAGUAUUACUGUAUAUAUGAUAUAAGCCCAGUUCACACUCAAAUAAUGCUAUUUCUUGUCCUGCUCAGUUCUUGAAAACAAAUUUGUUUAGUUAAGUUUGUCAAUUUUGUUGUGCUGGAAGGACAGGGUAUCUGAACUCAUUGUAGCAAUGGUUUCCUAUUAGGAUAUAUUUACUGUUCUUACUUUCAACAUUUAUUAUCUGUCCAAGUUGUAAAAAGUAGCAAUUUGUUUGCUGAAGACACUUGUUUGAUGCUACGUCUUCCUUGUCUGGCAUACAAAUGUUAAACUUGGUAACUUAGAAUCUGUGGAUGAUUAUAUGCUGCAGUAUUUGAACCUGGCUUUUAUUAUUUGGCAUACAAAUAUAAUUUUGUGUUAACUUAAUAUAAAGGUAAACUUGAGCAUGCUGCAUGACUUGGUAGAUAAUGUACCUGAUAGUUUAUGCAUGUGUAUCUGUAUUUAUUUGUGUACAAUAAUUUUUACCAGAGAAUGUUUAUGAAGAACUAUUUUCAUAUUCUAUGCCCACUUAGGAGUGUAAAUUUGUUUAAACCUUAAAUAUAAAGCAUUGGAAGUAUA